AUGCCCCGUGCCAAGUCCCACCGGCGGGCCCAGGCCCUGAAGCAGAGGAUGGCGCAGCCGCUGCCAUGGACCCCCCAGCCGCCUGUCCCCGAGUUCGUUGCUCGGCGCGGUACAGGGUACCGCCAUCGCGUGCGGAGAUGGCCGACUUCGAAGCUGACCCAGCGCAGCUUCAAGUUGGUCACUCCUGCCCAGAAGCCGGACCAGAAGAUGGUGUUCGUCGUGGGAGACUCCCACCUGCGGGCCCUGGUGGAUGGGAUCGUCGCGAUGCCGGAGGUACCUCUGUGUUUUUCUUUUCUCUCUGUUCCAGGUGCGCAUGCAGCAGAGCUGAGGACGGAGGUGUCCCACGCCGCUCUCCCCUGGACCCCGGACGUGGUGUGUGUGCUCGCCCCGAGCAACAACCUGACAGCCAGCAGGAACAUCGGAGAGGCGUCGCUGGACUUCGGUGCUCUCCUGGCUACAGUUUGCAACCGCUGGGCGAAGGUGUUCGUGCUGGACUUCCCUCCACGCCUGAACAUCGAGCCUGGCCUGCAGGAGCUGUUCCGCCAGGAGUUCCGCCGUGUCGCAGCACGCAUGGGUCUCCCGUACGUGUCUGUGGCAGACGACAGCGACGGAACGCCGAUCCUCGUCCAGGCCCUGUGGGACGCCGCGGUCCGCCAGCUGACUCCUCCUCCUCCUCCUCCUCCCUCGGUGCCCCCCCGGACAUCGCCUCGUGCCAGGGUCUCCCCCGUGCUGGUUGUGACAGGACACAGCCCCGCGCCCCGCCACCGCGACCCACUGGAGUGGACCGUCGUCGGACAGGAGGGCAAGAUUCGAGCAUCUCCGGUGCAAGAGUCUGUCCUCCCGUCCAACCCCGUGUGGUUCAGCGGCGACAUCCUGGAUGCCAUGGAGAGGGUUUCGCCAUCCUCGGACAGCGACGUCACUGCCCUUCUGCCAGCUGGCCAGACUUCCCGUGUGAGGCGUUCGCCGAAAGGUGUUGCCACAAGGCGUAGAGGAGGAAAGCGGCAGGUGCUGGCAACACCUUCACCUGCCCGUGUCACCGUGCCUGCCUCCGGGCCCAGACCAGCGGUGCAGCAGGUGGAGGCGACAGCCCAGGAGUCGUCCAGCGUGGUGCCAGGGGUGGUCGUCGUCCGGGAGGAGGUUGCCGCAGCGUGCCCGGCCGUCCCGGAGGUGCCGGCGAGACCUUCACCAGCCCGUGGGACCGUGUCCGCCUCCGGGCCCAGACCAGCGGUGCAGCAGGUGGAGGCGACAGCCCAGGAGUCGGCCAGCGAGGUGCCGGGAGUGGUCGCCGUUCAGGAGGAGGUCGCCGCAGCGGGCCCUGCUGUCCCAGAGGAGCGACAGAAGAUCUUCAAAGCUAAGGCUGUUUUUGUUCCUUCUAUUUGUGUUAGAGAUGUUCAGUCAGAGUCUAGCGCUAAUGCUGUGGCAACAGGGUCUAACAUAGAUAGCAGCAGGAUUAGGCUAGCUAAAGUUGUGCGCGGGUCGUUUCAUCAGGGAAAUGCCCGAUUUGUGUAUGGAGGUGUGCAGUGUAUGGCUAUAGCUUUGGUCAGCUUAGCCAAACACACGGUGAGGAGCGCGUUCUCGUGGGACAGGCUGGAUCUGGAUCGCGCGUUGGUUGAAGGUGAUGAGUUGUACACGAGUUUGCGUGACCUCAACAUCUUCAGCCAUGUGUCUAAUCUGCUGUCUGUGCCAGAUUUGCCACAGCAGUUGGAAUUAGACGGACAGCUGUUUAGGUUUAGUUUUGGCGACACGGUGUUAGGCGAAGUAGGCGUGACCGAAGGUGAAUACAUCGAUUUCGGUGUAUUCAUCAGCUUGCGUAAUGGACUGGAGAGAAUCUUCAGUCAAUACACCACAUGUCUUUUGACAAUGUGCGGAAACACCACUGCCAUCGUGCGUGAGGGUGGACGGUUCGCUGUGGUCGACAGUCACUCACGCAGUAGCACUGGCUUGUUACACCACAAUGGUACAAGCGUGGUUCUGCAUUUCGCCUGUCUUGACGACCUGCACCACUACAUCUGUCGUUUGGCCGACAGUCUCCGUUCGAGGGAGAAGCUCUUUGAGCUGUGUGGUGUCACGGUCAGCACGGGUGCAAGUCCAGCGCGGUCUGGUGUGUCUGUGGAGAGUCUCGUCACUGGGAUGAGCGCUGCUCCAGCACCAGAGUCUAGUGUGCUCACUGAGGCUGGGAGAAAAAGUGAGGUGUCUGCAGGCGUUUGUGUGCCUGAGUGUGGUGUCAGCAUUGCCGCAAGUCCGGCACUGUCUGGCAUUUCUGUUUUUAGUUUCUCCAGCGAGGUGAGCAGCGGUUCAGCGGCAGAACCAACGGUGACCGAUGGCAGAAAGCGUGUUAUUUCUUCCGGCAAUUGUAUGUCGAAGAAAUCCAAGAGUUUCGAUGUCCGAGAGGUCAAUUUGGACGUCGAAUUUGUUAGCGAGGUGUAG